CAAGGGGCAUCCUGCAAGGUUUGGUCUUCAUGUGAGCGUCACACAUUCUUGUGUCUCGUCGUACGCCCUUCUAUGGACAUGCUCAGGACAGUGCUUAAUUAGCUCCAGGUAGCCAUUGGAGCGUCCCUUCUAGGACUUCUCCCCUGACUCAAUGCCCCAACUCGCAGUCUGAACUAUUCGACAUGGUUUCAUCAGGCGAUCACCUAGCUCCGGGUGAAGAGGGCAUCACCAACCCAACCGUUGCUUUUCUGGGGCCGUUCAACUCGUAUUCGCAUCAGGCCACAAAGAUUGUUUUCCCCGAUUCAAAAUGGCAGCUCCAGCCGACGGUGACGAUCAAAGAAGUCUUUGACCGCGUGCAAUCCGGCGCCUGCCCCUUCGGCGUUGUUCCCUUUGAGAACUCGACCCACGGCACCGUCACGUUUACUCUUGACAAUCUGGCCGAUCGCGCGGGCGAGUACGCCGACCUUGUCGUCUGUGACGAGGUUUAUCUAGAUGUGCAUCAUUUCUUGCACGGCCGCUUACCACCACCGCCUUCUUCUUUUUCGUCUUUUUCUUCAUCACCACCACCACCACAACAAACACCUGGCGACUCCGGCCCUAAAACGGGUGUUCCCCUAGCAGACCUGCGCCACGUCCGACGCGUGUAUUCGCAUCCGCAGGGCUUUGGCCAGACGGCUGCGUUCUUGCGCCGCCAUUUACGGGGGGCCGAGACGAUCGAGGUCAGCUCGACGAGCCGCGCGGCCGAGCUCGCGGCUGCGGACGCGACGGGUGAAAGCGCGGCGAUUGCGAGCGAGUGGGCGGGCAGCGCGUGCGGGCUGGAUGUGCUGGCGAGGUGCAUCGAGGAUCGGGAGGAUAAUACAACUAGGUUCUUUGUGCUUAGGCGGAAGGAGAAGCAAGGUGGUGAGUGGAAAAGGGGCAGGCAAAGGAAUCUUGAGCGUGAGGGAACGGUGGGAGAGGAAGAAGAAGCUGAAGACAAAAAGGGGGAUGUGUAUGGUGGGGAACGGUAUAAGUCGCUCGUGUCGUUUACGGUGCCGCACCGGCGGGCGGGUGCGCUGGCGGCUGUGCUGGAUUGUUUCCGCGGGAGGGGGCUCAACUUGACGAGUAUCAGCAGCGUGCCGAGUCUGGAUGCGCCGUUUCAGUACUUGUUCUUUGUCGAAUUUGAGGCCAGCAGGUUUGAUGAUCCCGAGGGAAGAGUUGGCGGCGUGUUUGAGGAUCUGGAGCGGGUUGCCGAGCGGUGGAGGUGGUUGGGGAGUUGGAGGAAUCGGAGGUGCAGAGGUGAUGCGUCUUCGACUAGUGGAUGACAGAAAAGGUGGCCUGAUCGAAGUACCCACAGGAGGGCAUAUAAAACGGCGGCCUAAUAUCUGGAAGGCUAUAUCUAAUGCUUGCCCUAUAGACUCUUAGGUGAGCUGUUACAGGAACUGAUCUCUUGUGAAGUUGGUCCAUGAAUAUAGAUGGAACGGCUGGGCUUGGGCUGCGGAAUUUGGGAGGGCAUUGACCGCAAGGCAAGUAAAGAUAUGGGAUAUGACACAGAUCAAUGAAGCUUGUUUUCAGGGGAGUUGGGGAGGGUGAUAAUAUCCUGCUGGCUGAGCUACAGAUGGAGGUGUAGGGUGCGAGCGAGGUCUCACAUCAAUCUUUAACUCAGCAUGCUCUCCGAGUCGUUAAUCUACUGCCCUCUCCCUUCUCGACAGAAGUCCAAGCACACCAGGGGCGAGGAGGAAAGGACAAAGUACCAGC